CGAAGGUCGUUUUCCUAUGUUGAUCCACGACAGCCAAUCUCUUCCCAAACCUCACGAAUACAUUGAUAUCUCGAAGAAAACAGAGAAUCUGGUCACGGCCUCUACCUCGUAUGCAUGUACUUCGUCCGUUGAAGAUAUUGCUCGGAGUCGGAUUGCCCAGCUUGCUUCACAACACAACGUCAGUGAAUACAGCUGCCUUAAAUACGGCCCCAAUGGUUAUCCAGGGAAAUACGUCCCUCUCUCUGUGCAGGCACCUCAGACCUUCCAGGAGCUUCGCGCUCGUCAAACUCAAUGGUCUAACGCCAAAGCUUGGUGGUUCAGCGACAAGGCAACAGAAGCAACGUCUAUUGUGCUUGGCCCUUCUGGUGCUUCUGGGGUAACUUCCGACUCACUAUCAGAUGGCCUGGCACAACAAUUAUCUGCGGCAAUAGAUGAGCAGUUACCUCAGCCAGUAAAUGAAGGAAAACUUAGUCGGUCUUCCUCAAAUGGCGCUCAUAGUCAUACUAUAAAGACUUCUUCAUCCCACCCGAUAAACAUAUCCGCCAUAAUACCCGUCGAAAUUCUCGCUUUAUUAUCCUCUCAUGUCAUGUUCACAUCCAAUGGUCCCUUCACUGAAUCACCAAGGGAUUUUCCUUCACUUGACACUCAACCUACCGUUUUUGAAGUGCCUUCCCCUUUUACCUUGGACCGUUUCAUAUUGUCCUUUACGGGACAUCCGCAGACACAAUUUUCUCAGUCUCAUCAAAGUUCAAUACCCCCUCCGUCCACUUCGACAGAGAUACAUCCCGAUGCACAUCUUCGUACUCGCUCUCACGUCACUGAAGCUCUACAUGCUGCAUUGAAUUCCGGAAUCAAAUCAGGUUCCAUAACGCCUACAGAAGAUACUCGUGCCACUUUCCACUCCAAUGGUUCUUCUGUAUCGCUUUCCAUAUCACUAAAAUCAGUUCCUACCUCUCAAGGAGUGUCGCGAACAAUGUCUGACACCGAGCAGACGAACUUAGAAUUCGGUACUAAUGUGGAUAUCCCGUCUGAAGCAACUUCAGAGACCGGUCCACCAACAAACGAAGAGCUCCAAGCCGAAGCACAACUCCCCUCUGUUGAUUCAAUACCGACCCUUCCUUAUUCUACAGAUACUCCUUCGUUUAUCCUGGGGAAUAUGUUCAUGUCCUCAUGUCCAGGCAAGAAGGUCCGCUUAAAAGGUCCUGUAAAAGGUCGUUCGGGAGUAUGUAGAGACCUCUACGCUGACCUUCAACGUAUGAAAGACCUUGCGGUGGGCUGCGUAGUCUGCUGUCUUGACGACACCGAGCUUGAAUUUCUGGGUGCUCCUUGGCCGGAAUAUCAAGCCGCAACAAAUAAGAUUGGAUUGGACGUGUUGCGCCUUCCUACACCUGAGGGUUUAGCACCGGCAUUAACACCCGCACUUCUGGACAAGGAACUCACUACUCUCAUAAAAAACUAUACUCUUCGAGGAAUCCCUGUUCUCGUCCAUUGUAGAGGUGGAGUAGGUCGGUGCCUUCGACUGACGAGUAUAGUUGGCGUACACACUGACCUUGACUCAACAGGACGUGCCGGUGUAAUUUCUGCCUGUUGGAUCUUGAAGCUGGGACUUUGUGGCUGGUUGGGCGAUGAACCAAGCACUGCGUCUGAGUCAUCGUCGACUACGCUCCCUUGCGAUGGUGAAAUAGCGUCACCACAAAGUCCUCUCAAUCAGGAUACACUCCAACUUGUCGAAAAAGUCAUCGCGGUCGUCCGACGACGGCGCAGUGUGAAGGCUGUCGAGACUUAUGAACAAGCACAAUUCCUUGUCGACUUCAUAGAACAUCUUAGGUCAUCUCAUUCUAGUUAGCUUUGAAAAGGUACAUUCAGCUACACGAAUACUUUACUGUAGAUUUCUCGCUCACUUACUUUUCCUGGUGCAUUCUACUGUGAUAUUCAUUAGCAUUUCAGAUUCAUACUGUAGCAAUAGUUUUCGUUCUCUCUUUCUGCAUAACUUAUCAAAUAUGCGUAAGUACUUCAUGUGGUACAUGAUGACUAGCUAGCAACAUUAAAAUUUACAUCUGAGUCAGCUUCUCUUCCUUUACUUGUGC